AUUCAAUCAAAUAAACAAAAAAACCUUUACUAAUUCAAAGACAGAUAUGGUAGGAAAGACAAAAGAAUGUCGGAUCCUCCUGAAGCUUAUUGCUCGAGGGAGAUUUCUAAGUCUUUUCUUGGUUUCUGUUAAUUUUCUCUCGAACCAGGUUGUCUCUGCUUUGUUCGAGUUGUGGCCUUGUGGGGUCAAAAGUUAUCUGUAAUGGCGACAUUGUCUGAUGGAUUAUUUGAUGACAUGAGCGUGUUGGGAGUGAUCGGAUAUGUACUUGAGCAAACCAGGUUCAUCUUUCUCGUGCCGAUUCUGAAACGUCUUGUGAAUCUCUGUCAGGUUGUUUCGGUGUUGUUGUUCGUAGAUGCAGCUUAUAUGGCUAUAGUUGUAGCCAUUGUCAAAUUACUUGGACGAACACCACAGAAAGUUCUCAAAUGGGAAAGCUUCAAGAGCGAUGAUAUCGAGCUAGCUCCCUCCAGCAAUCAUCCCAUGGUUCUCAUUCAAAUCCCAAUCUUCAACGAGAAAGAGGUAUGCCAACUUUCUAUAGGAGCAGCUUGUAAGCUAUCAUGGCCACUGGAUCGGAUGAUCAUUCAAGUGCUUGACGAUUCAACCGAAGAAGAAAGUCAGAAACUGGUGAGAUUGGAGUGUAAGAAAUGGGAGAGCGAAGGUAUAACCAUAAAGUCGGAAGUUAGAGGCGGUUUUAGAGAGGGUUUCAAAGCAGGAGCUCUCACUGCAGGAAUGAAGCAUAGUUACGUGGAUGAAUACAAGUGCGAGUUUGUUGUUAUAUUUGAUGCUGAUUUUCAGCCUGAACCUGAUUUUCUUGAACGUACUGUUCCUUUCCUUGUCCAUAACCCUGAGAUAGCUCUUGUACAAGCCGGCUGGAAAUAUGGGAAUGCUGAUGAGUGUUGUAUGACAAGAAUACAAGAGAUGUCUCUUAACUACCAUUUUGCAGUGGAGCAAAAGUCUGGAUCCUCCAUACUUGGUUUCUUUGGAUUCAAUGGUACUGCUGGUGUGUGGAGAAUUAAAGCUUUGAAUGAGGCUGAAGGAUGGAAAGACCGCACGAUAGUCGAGGACAUGGAUUUAGCUGUUAGAGCUUAUCUACGCGGCUCGAAGUUUGUGUAUGUCGACGAUGUUAAGGUGAAAAACGAGCUUCCGAGCUCAUUUCAAGCAUACCGGUUUCAGCAACAUCGUUGGUCUUGCGGUCCAGCGAACCUUUUCAAGAAAAUUGCAAUGGAGAUCAUCAAAAACCAGAAUGUGUCUUUAUGGAAGAAGGUGUAUUUGAUAUACAACUUCUUCUUUUUGAGGAAGAUUGUUGUACACAUCUUCACAUUCGUUUUCUACUGCGUGAUUUUGCCAGCUACCGUUAUAUUCCCGGAGAUCGAAGUCCCUAAAUGGACAACUAUCUACAUUCCAGCUACCAUCACUAUCCUAAACGCUAUUGCAACACCUAAAUCAUUUUACCUCAUACUCUAUUGGAUCUUAUUUGAAAACGUAAUGGCGAUGCAUAGGAGUAUAGGAACUCUCAUUGGAUUGCUAGAGACUAGUAGAGUUAAAGAAUGGAUUGUUACACAAAAACUAGGAGAGAGUAACAAUCUCAGGGAAAACCUCAUUUUUCCUGAUCACUAUAGCUUCCCCGAGAGACUUCGAUGGCGAGAGAUAAUGGUUGGAAUGUAUCUCUUCAUAUGUGGAUACUAUGAUUUUGUGUUUGGGAGGACAUACCUUUACGUGUAUCUUUUCUUGCAGUCCAUUGCCUUCUUUGUUGUUGGAGUUGGCUACGUUGGAAUGCCGGUUCCAAGUACGCCGGUCCAGACUUCCGAGUAACCACUGACAUAUCUAACUUCUUUCUUCUUCUUCUCCUACACAUUCAUUCUUUCAAAAGGUUCGAUUGUAUAGUGAUUAAAAGAUGUGGUUUUGUGAUCAUGUUACUGUUUUAAUGGAAGAAUCCUUUGUAACGAUCUAACAUUCAAAAAUCUUAAUAGUCCAACAAAAUAGCAAGAGAUUGAAACAUAAUGAC